CUUUCGCGUCCACUGCCGCUCCUGUACCCUUUGCACCCAUGCAACAGAGUCAAAUGUACACGCCAGAUGCUCCUGGAAGUCUUCCAGCUCCGCCUCAGGCUCAGGUGGCGCCUCCGCCGGCGGCUGCGGUGAAAAAUUCAACGCCUCCUCCUGGAUGGAAUGAUCCUCCGGCCGUCAAAUCCAAUAGAGCUCCUCAGGCUCCACCACCAACAUCUUCAGUUUGCAAUCCUAUCGUUCAUCCAUUGUAUCCGACGGAUUCGAGUCUCACUGGACAGCCACCGAAUGGCUACCAGCAAACCGAUGGGAGUUUUAUGGGUCAGCAGAAUCCUGGUCUAAUGACCCCAAUGUCUCAAAUGCCGCCACAGCAGACAUACAAUUACGGAGGAGGGAAUCAAUUUCAGAUGCAGCAGUCGCAGCAGCCGCAGCAGCAACAAUUUCCCGGGCAAAUGAACUUCCAGGGGCAGCAUCAGCCACCAAUGGGAGUUCCUCAGGCACCGACUCCGCCACAAAAGACUCCGACGCCUGAGCCACCGAAGCCCAAGGCGCCCAUUCCUGAGGAACACAUCUACUUGCAGACAGUAUUGAAUGAAUUGCGUACGCAGUGUGUCAAUGCUGCAGCCAAUCCGCAAGUCAAAAGGAAGCUGGAGGAUGUAGCUCGUCGCCUUGAGAGUCUCUACGAUCUGCUGCGGGAAUACAAGCUGACCCCAAGUACCCUAGCAUCCCUCAACCAACUUGUGCAAUUUGUCCAGAUUGGCGACUAUGCCAAUGGACUAGCGCUGCAUACGCAAAUGUGCUCGGGAGCGGACUUUUCACAGAUCGCUGUGUUCAUGCCGGGCAUCAAGGUGCUCCUGCAGACGGCCAUGCAGCUCCAGGUGUACUUGCGAUGAUUAGAUAGUGUUCUAAUAAGCAUGUGGCUUUUCGAAGGAAAUAUCGUUUUAUUAUACCUUUUCAGAGGAUUGAUAAUUAUAUAUAAUAGAGCAUUUAAAAUACAA